AGAAAAAUAGUCAGAGGAUCGCGGUCUCAGGAGAGUGCCGUUAUUGUGAAGUCCAGGCAAACAGCCCCGACUCUCUUGGUAGGCUUCAGACAUGCGAAUGCAGUCAGUUUUAUCCCAGCAGUAUGCCUCAGAGUUCCUGGUGAGGAAACGUCGAGCAAAUUCUUUUAUGGAAGAAAGUAAGAAGGGAAAUUUAGAAAGAGAAUGCAUUGAAGAAUUAUGCAAUAAAGAAGAAGCCAGGGAAAUCUUUGAGAAUAAUCCUGAAACUGAGUAUUUUUAUCCCAAAUAUUUAAGCUGCCUUGCCUCCCAUCGAGCAGGGAUUUUCAGGGUUAUUGCAAGUACUCCAGAUUCUCCGGCUGACCUGAGGGCUUGUGUCAAUGAAAUUUCAAACCAGUGUAGCCCUCUGCCAUGCCAUAGAGAUGGAUAUAAGGACUGCAUAGAUGGACAAGCCAAAUAUACAUGUGUCUGUAAACCAGGAUGGCAAGGAGAGAAAUGUGAAGAAGAUAUAAAUGAAUGUGAAAACAUAAAUGGAGGUUGUAGCCAACGCUGUUCUAAUUUACCUGGAAGCUACCGCUGUUUAUGUGAAGAUGGUUACUUUAUGCAUUCAAAUAAACAAGAUUGCAGAGAUAUAAAUGAAUGUGUGCUACGUCCAAACAUCUGUGGGACAGCUAUCUGUAAGAAUACCCCUGGGAAAUAUGAAUGUGAAUGUGCAGAAGGCUACACAUAUAAUUCAACUUCCAAGAACUGUGAAGAUAUUGAUGAAUGUGCUGAAAAUAUUUGUGCUCAACUUUGUGUAAACUCUCCAGGAAGUUAUAGCUGUUAUUGCGAUGGCAAGAAAGGCUUCAAGCUUUCUAAGGACAUGAAGAAUUGUGAGCCUGUUCCUGUGUGUAUCCCACUGAACCUUGAAAAGAAUUAUGAACUGCUUUACCUGGCAGAACAAUUUAUAGGGAUUCCUGUUCUGUACUUAAAGUUUAAAUUGCCAAACGUCACCAGAUUUUCAGCAGAAUUUGAUUUCCGGACAUACGAUGCAGAGGGAGUUAUACUAUAUGCAGAAUCCCUUGACAACACGGCAUGGAUCUUACUUGCUCUUCGUGAUGGGAAGAUUGAAAUUCAAUUCAAGAAUGAAUUUGGAACAAAAGUCACCAGUGGAGGCAAAGCCAUAAAUGAUGGACUGUGGCAUAUAAUAUCAGUAGAAGAAGUAGAACACAGCAUCAGUGUAAAAAUAGCUAAAGAAGCAGUGAUGAAUAUUAACAGCCCAGGAACUCUUUUUAAACAGUCACAUGGUUUCUUGGAAACUAAGGUGUACAUUGCAGGAUUGCCUCGCAAAGUGGGCAACACUCUCAUUAAACAGAUUAACCCUCGGUUAGAUGGGUGCAUUCGUGCUUGGAAUCUGAUGAAUCAGGGACAUUCCGGUGUAAAAGAAGUCAUUCAAGAAAAACAAAGCAAACACUGUUUAGUCACUGUGGAGAGAGGAUCCUUCUACCCUGGCACUGGCAUGGCAAAAUUUCAUAUAAACUAUAAUAAUCUUGACAUUGCUGAAGAUUGGCUAAUAAAUGUGACUAUGACUAUUCGCCCAUCCACAGACACUGGUGUUAUGUUUGCCUUGGUUUCUAAUGAAACAGUGCCUCUUGCUUUGUCCAUAGUGGACUCUAACUCUUCUGACUCACAGGAAAUCAUUGCGACCAUUGGAAACAUCACUGUUGCACAGCUGGAAUCAAAGAAGCUGUGCACACCUAGAAAAGUGCUGGUAGGACUUCUAGUAACCAAACAGCAACUUGAACUGUCAGUUGAUUCACACACGGACAGAAGCAACUCAGAGCAACUGUCUGUCCUGCAUGAAGCAAUGAUGGCAAAUGUUGUUACCUACUUGGGCGGCCUGCCAGAUGUUCCUCUCGGUGCUACGUUAGUAACUGCUUUUUAUAAUGGCUGCAUGGAGGUGAAGGUCAACAACAGAGAGCUGGAUCUGGAUGAAGCCAUUUUUAAACACAAUGACAUUAGAUCUCACUCGUGUCCACUGAUUAUGGAAGAACCAUUCAAUUCUUAAUUUAACUUUUUCCUUUCAGAUAUAAUUUGUGUAAUUAGUCUCAUGCCAUAAUGAAGCCUGUAUUAUUUUAAUUCAGGAUGUGCCAGGAAAAUAAUCAACAGCAUAUUUUUCCUCCCUUUCAUGUAGCACAGGGAAAAGAAAUCCCCUCUCUUUUCAGCAGUAGAGAGAUAUAAUCAAGAUCAAAAUUCUGUAAAAUGUUCUUAUAUUCAUGUCAGUGAUGAGACAUAGUAUGAACGUGGAAAAAAAUAAAUCUAGGUUUCAGAUUUGAUAUAUUUAGUUUGGAGAGCAAGUUCAGGAAGUUCUGGUUGGAACCAACUUCACAUCUUAUUUUUUAUAUAUUAGCACAAAGCUACACGUUGCAAGUUUUGGCAGUGUAUUUCGAUCUAAGCAAAACCGUUCCCAUUAAACUUUUCCGAACAAAACAUACAAAGAAAAAUCUCUACAGGUUUAAUAAUAUGUGCUUUCAGUGAAGGAAAGAAACACCCUCGAAUUUUGAGCUAAACCUUUCUGUAGAUACAUUUGCAAAUUGUAGCAGUAUUGUGGAAGUGACUUGAACAACAAGUAUUUUUGUAAAUAGCUCAAGUUUUGAGAAUAGCUCUUGUUAUACUAUACCAGCAUUCAUUAUUUCUAUCUUAUGAACCAAGCUUUAGACUUUUAACAACAUUCUGGAUCAGGUCAGGUAGUUCACUUUCAAAGUGGAUUAAAAUACAGCCAGACAGUUUUAGAAAACAGGAAAUUACAGGACAUCAAACUGGAAUUUGCUAAGUAAAGCCGAAGAUGCUUGUGGCAAACAUUUCCUCCAUUCUGAACAGAUCUAGCACUCCCCAAGAUGAGCACCCUCAAACGGUCACUCAUGCUCCCCUUAUUUAGGUCAGCUUUGCAUCCACAAAGCCUCCAGAGGAGAAAAUUAAUUUGCCAGCCCUGUUACAGUUGUGUUUCUCAUGUACAGGAAAGCCCAAAUUUUGCAGAAUGUAAAGCAUGUUCCUGCUCAGCCAAAUUUAAGGGAACAGGUAAUUAGAAAAAUAUUCUUUUCCUCAGGUGUAUUCAUUUCAAGCUUUUCUAAUAUUUCUUUAGCAUCUUUUGAGCGAUCUUUCUACUUCCAGCCUCAUUUCCACACAACCAGUAGCCUCCCUUUGGAGCUCACCUAGUGGUUUGGUAAACCCCAAAACAAAUAAAUAGCAAGAGAACGGCUGUAAGCAAGGAGUAUAUGCUCCCAUCAGUCACAUAGACAUUUAUCUGCCAGAACUCUUGACCUGAGGUUUGCUUUCUAUGCUUGAGACAUUGAAGUGGAAAUGUAUGUACAGAAGGAUGGUUGAUUCAUGUUGAGGAUUACUUUUCCCCAGGGAUAUUCUCCCUACAAUAGUGGGGUUUCCUCUCAUUGUUGCGUACUAACAUCAGUAAAUCAGUACUGCAGAACCUGAGCCCAUCUUUCAGUGUUAUUACUUUGUCUGAGACUUUUGUUAACUUUGCUUCCCAUUUUUGCCCUUUAAUAUCACAGUAUUUGCUGUGACUUUCAUGCCAGCCAGCCUCAGUGCUCCAAAUUCGUCUAGUGCUGUUCAUAUAUAGCUUUUCUUUGGCAAGAAUUGCACAAAGCCAGUGCCCGGUGGCUAACUGCCAGAGAACUACUGGUUCACUUCUCUAAAGUGGCAUGCAAAAGCUUUGCUCUUUCAAGACUGGGGAGGGGAAAAAUCUGCAGGAAAGCAUCCCUUCCUGCUUUCUUCUGCCCAUCCUUGGAACACAUACUUCAUUUGGGCCUAGGUCAAACAACCAUCCUACCAAAAUAAGCAGGUGCGAGGCUGAGCUGUAGUGGGACUUUUGACAUCAAAUACAUUUUUGAUUAGUGCAUUUAAAGUAUCUCGGCAGCAGACACCUAAUUCUGGAAAGCUCCUGGUCAGCUCCUUUGCUUUGUACAACGAACAGAAAUAAUGAGAUGGGGAGCACCCAGUAAAAUGUCAGCAAUACUGUAAAUGUGCAUAUCAGGCUGUGUGAACAACAGAAAAAAGAGUGUUGGACUUCUUAGGGUUCUUUUUUUUUUUUUUUUUUUUUUUGCUCAAGUGUAAUGGUAUAAAGAGGAAAAUGAAUUACCCUAGUUUCCUGCUGGGACACCAUUUGUUUUUGUUUUCAUGUAAAAAUAUUUUAGGAUAUUGUAGUUGUAAUGAAAACUCUGCACUGGGUUUUUGAAUGUAAAUGUGCCUCGUUAUCGUAAGAAUUAAAUAAAAGCAGUAUUUGCAAGUUUC